AGAAAUUUAUAAUACAAACAAAGCAAUUUCCGUUAUCUUCUCUCUCUAUAAUUCCUAUCCACCUAAAUUCUUUGUGAUAUAUUUCUCUGAUCAAUUUAGGGUUUUUCACAAAUUUGAUUUACAAAUCACUCACCAGUAACAACAAUGGUUUCCGAUUCAAUUGUCAAACCUUCAAACCCUAUGGUUUCCUCUAAUCCCAAAGAUUUCAACAAGAAAAAAAGGGCUAAUAGGUCGGCUAAGUUGAAGCAGUGCAAACUUGAUGCUCGAAGGGAACAGUGGCUCUCACAAGUGAAGAAUAAAGGCUCCAAGGAGGAACCGAAUGGUGGGGGAGGAGCUUGUGGGCAGGAGAUUCACGUUGCUGAUGAGAGGGGCCAAUUGAUGGAGAAGUUAGCUAUAAAGCCUCGAGGAGAAGAAGAAAAUGGAGGUUGCAUGAACCACUACAGUGAUUUUGAUUCAACUUCAAAUAGCCCCACCAGCCACACUAGUAGCGUGUUGGAAGGGAAUGAUUCUGGGACCAAUUCCACAGGUGGCAGCAGCAGUAGCAGCAGUUGUAGCAGUGGUGGAUGUUGUUCAGGGAGUAUGAGCGGCGAGGAAGAUAACGAAGAGGACGAUAACUGCUUGGAUGAUUGGGAAGCUGUUGCUGAUGCUUUAGCUGCCACUGAUAAGAAGCAGGAGCAGCAUAACUCUAGCCUGGAUUCAUCUACAGAGAGUGAUGGCAAAGUGGUGCAUAUGAGUUCUCAGCCAAAAGUUUCUGACCGGCAGGUAUCAGGGAUUGAUACAUCACAGCAGAAUCCCAAGGCGUGGAGGUCUGAUGAUGCAUUCCGUCCACAGAGUCUUCCGAAUUUGUCGAAACAGUAUACUUUCCCUAUGAAUUCGGGGCGCCAUUACCGGGGAGGCUCUGUAUGGGGAUGUAAAAGUUUAUCAAUACCCACAUCAUGUCCUAUAUGCUGUGAGGAUUUGGAUUUUACAGAUUCAAGCUUUCUCCCUUGUCCUUGUGGCUUUAGGCUUUGUCUCUUUUGUCACAAGAGGAUUCUUGAGGAGGAUGGGCGGUGUCCAGGUUGCAGGAAGCAGUAUAAACAUGAUCCAGUUGAGGGAGAGGCAAACAAAGGUGCAGGCUGCCUGAUGUCUCGACCGGCUCGUUCUUAUAGCAUGAUCUCAAGUUGUUUUUAGAGCAGUAGCAGCAAUUAUGUGGUGUUGCUUCUUUUUUCCCUUGUACAAGUUGAUUGCUUUUCCGUGGAACAGAAGACUUUGUGCUACAGCUGAUCUUCUCCUUGCUGUUCUUGAAGUUCAAUUCCUUUGGAGCCUCUGGUUUGUUCCACGGAUAAACAAAUGAGAUCGAUGCAUGUUUCCCAUGGCUGAUAAGACUGUUGGGAUGUUGACGGGAGCAAUUAAAGUUUGGUUCUGUAUAAUUUACACUUUAUUAUGAUGUUCACGAGGUUAUCUUUUCCAAAUUUUUGUAUGGAAUUGGCUAUCAGUGAAUCCCAAGUUGACUUAGAUGGAGGAAAGAAAAUCUCAUACAAGCUGAAGGUGGUAGAUCUGAGACCUUCAUUUCAAGCAACUAUGAUUUGCAGAAUCCCUUUUUGCUACAAAGAAAACCAUGUAAUGACAACAAUCAUAUGCUUCUAACUAUGAAUGACUUUAAUUUUUGGCAACUUUGACCUUAUUUGGCUUUCUUCCGUGAAAAGUUGUCCAGAUUUCUUCUUAUUAAAAGUUGUAAAACCAAA